CCUUUUUGUUUAUCGCGUCUUUAAUAUUUCGAAGCCAGAUCACUUGCCUGCAGAGAUUUCGAGUAGAAGCGACCCAUCUAGCAGUCUCUCUGAUUCUCUAUCCUCUGAUUUCUCUCUCGUGAACCCCAUUGUAAUGUACAGAGUGAUCGCAGGCAGGGUAUUCAGAGCUAGGGCUCUGAGUAACAAGCCCUUAAGCUGUAUCGGCUCCAGAUUUAGUCAUUCCUUACCCUUCGCGACUGUAGAUGCUGAAGAGAUAUCGGGUGCUAAACCUGCUGAAGUACAAAACUUGGUGCAGGGAAAAUGGAUUGGUUCUUCAACUUGGAACACACUUGUGGAUCCUCUAAACGGCGAACCAUUCAUCAAAGUUGCAGAGGUGGAUGAAACAGGAAUUCAGCCAUUUGUUGAGAGCUUAUCAAAGUGCUCUAAACAUGGUCUGCAUAACCCUUUCAAAUCACCAGAGAGGUAUCUUUUAUAUGGAGACAUUUCAGCAAAAGCAGCCCAUAUGCUUUCCUUACCAAAGGUAUCAGAUUUCUUCUCGCGGUUAAUACAGAGAGUUUCUCCGAAGAGUUAUCAGCAAGCCUAUGCCGAAGUCUAUGUCACGCGAAAGUUUUUAGAGAACUUCUCUGGUGAUCAGGUCCGCUUCUUGGCACGGUCUUUUGCAGUACCUGGAAAUCAUCUCGGGCAACAAAGUCACGGCUACCGAUGGCCCUAUGGUCCUGUAACAAUUAUCACACCGUUCAAUUUUCCUCUCGAGAUUCCGUUACUUCAGUUGAUGGGAGCAUUAUACAUGGGCAACAAACCACUUCUAAAAGUUGACAGCAAGGUGAGCAUUGUAAUGGACCAAAUGAUGCGGUUGCUUCACUAUUGCGGUUUGCCAGUUGAAGAUGUUGAUUUCAUAAAUUCAGAUGGGAAGACAAUGAACAAGAUAUUGUUAAAGGCGGAUCCAAGAAUGACCCUCUUCACGGGUAGCUCGAGAGUAGCUGAAAAGUUGGCUGUUGACCUUAAGGGUCGUGUCAAACUCGAAGAUGCUGGAUUCGAUUGGAAAAUACUGGGACCCGAUGUUCAGGAGAUCGAUUAUGUUGCAUGGGUAUGUGACCAGGAUGCAUAUGCAUGCAGUGGGCAGAAAUGUUCUGCACAGUCGAUGCUGUUCAUGCACGAGAACUGGUCAAAGACUUCUCUUGUUUCCAAGUUAAAAGAUCUUGCAGAAAGGCGGAAGUUGGAAGACUUGACCAUUGGUCCUGUCCUUACUGUGACAACUGAGGCAAUGAUAGAGCACAUGGAGAAGCUCCUUCAUAUUCCGGGUUCAAAGCUAAUCUUUGGUGGGAAGCCAUUGAAGAACCAUUCUAUUCCUUCUAUAUAUGGAGCUCUGCAGCCAACUGCAGUUUAUGUUCCUCUUGAAGAAAUUUUGAAGGAUAAAUACUAUGAGCUCGUUACCAAGGAAAUAUUUGGACCAUUUCAGAUUAUAACGGAAUACAAGGCAGAUCAACUGCCUCUGGUUCUGGAAGCAUUGGAGAGAAUGCAUGCUCAUCUAACCGCAGCUGUCGUUUCCAAUAAUCCCAUCUUUCUCCAGGAAGUGAUAGGGAACUCGGUGAAUGGCACUACAUACGCAGGACUCAGAGCAAGGACCACUGGAGCUCCUCAGAAUCACUGGUUUGGACCGGCGGGUGACCCGAGAGGGGCCGGGAUAGGGACACCAGAGGCGAUAAAGCUAGUGUGGUCAUGCCACAGAGAGGUCAUCUACGACUACGGUCCGGUUCCUCAAGGCUGGGAAGUUCCUCCAUCCACUUGAAGAGGAGAUAGACCACAGAGUUAUCAGUAGAGUUUCAGUUUCAAUAAAGAGAUGAGUUUUGGGAGAAAUAAACAAGCUCUGUCUGAUCCGAGUGGCCUCUGUAGUGAGAAAUUGAUAUCAAUAAUGAGUUUAUGAUCUUUUCCCCUGAUUUU